CAUCUGUCUUUCUUCAUUUCACUUUUCAGAGUUUUUAUAAGCUUAAGUAUAGUAAUAGGUAGUAAAAUAGACGUUAACAGAAUUGAUCAUUUGCCGAUUGUUAUUUUUCAUUCAAGUUCAGCGAGAAUUCAAUUAUCAUCCCAUUAUUAUAUCCAUCAUUUCAAUAUUACUUCCUUAACUAAUCAUGUAGAAGGUCUUAGAAGUCAAUUCGAACAGCUAAAAUUUAAUCAAUUCACGAAGCUUAUCCUCCAAAAAUUUGACGAGAUUCAUCAAACACUUAAAAAUUUAGCUCCAUCAAAAAGAAACAAGAGAUGGGAUAGUUUAGGAGCGGGAUGGAAAUUUAUUGCCGGUAGCCCAGACGCGAACGAUUUAAAAAUUAUAAACUCCUCAAUCAACGAACUUGUUAAUAAUAAUAAUCAGCAGAUCAGAAUAAACAGAGCCCUAAAUUUGCAAAUGAAAGAAUUGGUUUACAAAACAAAGGAUGCAAUAGACCUCUCAAAUUCAAAAUCAUUGGAAAUCUAUUCGAUUAAUAUUUUCCUUAACUUGAAGUAUCUAGCAGAAAAAUUAACACAAAUUGUCGAUAGUGUAAUACUUGCCAAAAUAGGAAUUUUAAACGAAAAAAUACUAAGUCAAGAUGAAGUAGAAGUUUUGUAUCAAGAUUUAUCUAAACAGAAUAUUACACUUCAUAACGUCUUGGAAGCACUGAGCCUUGCAGAUACAACGAUCGCAACCAACACCAAGGAAUUGACCCUUUUGAUAAAGACACCCAUCUUAGAUAAAAGGAUUUUCAACAAGAUUCACGUCUUCCCUGUAACAUCCAAUCAUAAACAAAUUCAUUUGGCGAAAAGGUAUUAUUUGAAUCAUGAUACCGGUAACUACAUUGUAAAUUCACUGGAAUCAACCAUUUACAAAAUUCAUGAAACGGAAUUCGACAACUCCAAAUGCGUACCAAAUCUUCUCUCUGGACAGCAAGCUAGCUGCAACUAUACCAUGAACCCACCUGAUGAGGAAGUCAUUAUUAUAAACGAUGGAAACAUUAUCCUGAACACAAUCCAAAACAUUUCUCUUACAUCAAAUUGUGGAAUUAGUAAUCGUACUUUAACUGGAACGUUUUUGCUAUCAUUUCACGAUUGCGAAGUAACCAUCAACAAUACCAGCUAUUCAAACACGGUUCAGAAUAUGGCAGGAAGCCCAAUACAGCUACCUUUAGAUGGAAUUUCAAUACAGAAGCAGUUUACAAUAGCAAACCUGAGUUUGGAACAUUUGCAUAACCUGCAUCUGGAGAUGAGAAAGGAGAUGGAGUAUAUCCGAUUGAACAACACCAGCUUCAGCAUCAAGUGGCCCUCUUGGCCCGCCUUUGGGGGAAUCAUCUCGUUCCCCUGCAUGAUAAUCGUAAUUGCGAUUCUUUUCAAAGUUUUCUCCCACAGAUCAGCCACUAUAAAGAUACAGGCAUCUAAUGACAUAGCUACUCAGGAAUCAGUGGUGGACAUUCAACCCAGGAUCAAGCCUUUGAGUCUAAUGGACGUGAUUCGCACGGAACCUCAUCUCUCAGGAAGGGACGAGUUAGCAACGGAGCUACCCGGUUGGCGUUAACCAAAAAUGCUGACGACCCAGCUGCAGCGAGUCGGUAACGGAGCCGCCAGAAUGGGUGCAGUGGAGAUUGCUGACGACGGCAUCGGGGCGGAUGUAACCAUCGGUCAUCGACGCGAUCCAGCUGUUUCGAUAUGCGACGACGAAAAGUGCUAGUGCAGGCAAAUGAAGUGUAGUUAAUGGAUAGAUUGUAAUAAACGUUUAGUUCGAUUUCGGCUCUAGGGUAGUUAAGUAGCUUUUUUUAAAAAGAAACUUCCAUCCGUGAAAAUUUAACUCGCGUAAGGGUUUCUAAAGAAUUCUACACCAGGCAUUGUAGGCAUUUUGUUAUCGUUUUGGUUAAUAAAGAGACCUCCUAUCAAAAAAAGACUUUUCAGAGACGUGCAUUAAAACAGUGAGAUAGUCUCUAAAAAGAGAUCAGCUACCAGCCCUGCUAUUGGCAUAGCUCGGAGUUAUGGCGGCAUCAGGUGAGGAAGAAACGGAGCAAAUGCGAUACAUGACAGGACCCAAUUUAAUCUUCAUCCUCCCUCCGAAAUAAAGAAGAGCAUCUUCUUGUUUUGUCAAAAUAAGAAUAAAAAGUAAUGGCCCGCACGUUGAGAUCGCGAUGCGAAUGAGCAGUUAUUUAUGGGCCAGUUGACAGAUAAUAUCUGUCAUUGGAAGAGGGACUCGGACAUUUCGGAUAUUUAUUAAUACAGCUGAGCUAUAUACCGUUGAUAUCAAUAUUAUUAUAAAACAUUAUGUCAUCAGGCAGCCGUCAAUCCAUUUCACGAUAACAUGUUAAGUAAAAAGUACCUUACAUAACGACUAAGUUAAAAAAAAAAACUAUCACAAAUGUUUGACUAUCAACUACUGGGAACUUUGUAUACUGGUUCACAAUCAAAAUGUCAAAUUCUGGUAACCUUCUCCAUUAAGGUGGCCCAAUUUUACAUGAAAA